GAAACAUCCGUCAAGAUGCCUUUCCAAAAUAGCUCUCCCAGGGCCUGGCGUCCCAAACUGAUCAUUGCAGGAGUCAUGGUUCUGCUGAUUGUGGUGGUGGUGGUGGUGGUGGUGCUGGCUGUGAUUAAUCCGGAAAGGAAAGGGGCCACCGGCACAGAAUUAUCACAGUGGAAAGGCAAGGGGACGACUGCAAACCUGAAAGAAAUCAUCCUGGGCAGAUGUUAUAACUACCUCACGACAGUGAACCCUGGGCUCCGUGGCAAGGACUGCUAUCAAAUCUGGGAACUCUUGUUAACAGCAUUUAUGUACAAGCAUCCAUGCAGCAUAAGGGAGGAAGAUUACCAGCCUUUAAUGGCCUUGGCGAGUCAUUCCAUUCCAUGCAACAAGUCACUGUUUUGGAGCAAGACCAAUAACCUUGUACAUCGUUACACAAAAGCUAGUCAUGAUUUCCUUACGCUGGAGGACACCUUGCUGGGCUACAUAGCCGACGGGAUAUCAUGGUGUGGAAGCACUGGUUCUGAAAUUGACUACAACUCCUGCCCAAAAUGGAAUGAGUGCGACAGGAACCCUGGCUCAAUAUACUGGAAAAUGGCUUCCAAGAUGUUUGCAGAGGCAGCAUGUGGUACAGUCCAAGUAAUGCUCAAUGGGUCAAUAGAAAAUGGUGCAUUCAGAAAUGACAGCAUUUUUGGAAGCAUUGAAAUAGUUAACUUAAAUCCAGAUAAAGUCUCCACAGUACAAGUUUGGCUUAUGCAUGACAUUGAAGGAACUCAAAGUGAAUCUUGUGCCGGGCCAUCCAUAACAAUGCUGAAAAGCAUCCUAGAAAACCGAAAGAUGAGCGUCACUUGCAAAGAGAAUUACAGGCCAGUCCAGUUGCUUCAAUGUGCCAGCAAUCCUGACCACGCCAACUGCAGACUUUGCAGCUGA